AUAACUUUUUAAUGGAAGCACCUUGCUAAUUUCAAUUAAUUUUCCUUCUUACAUCUUCGUCGGAAUACACUCAUUUGAUAAAAGUCCAGCGGCAACCGUGGCUAUUCAUCCCGUAUUACGCGCAUACCAUACACCCCACGUUCCUUCGUCCCUUAGUUCCGAAGAUAUUCAGCGGAAGUCCUUGGACGAUUCAUAAUUACGAGACAACGGUAGAGGAGGGCUCGACUCCAGCGAGCCGGAGAUUACCUACAGAGAUGUACGGUCGAUAGUCUUCACCCAAACCUUUCCUACACAUCCGAAGUCUUCAUUCAGUAUGCCGGACAAGAACCUUACAAUUGCAACCUAUGCCGCAGGUGCUGGUUUAGCAGCCGUAGCUAUUGUUUACGUCUUUGGACCUACAUAUUUCAUAGACAACGAAUCUGCGAAUACGACAGCCCGCUCGCGGAAGAAUACAAUCAUCGGCUUGAACAAUCCCGCAAAUGACUGCUUCAUCAACUCAGUUCUGCAAGCCUUGGCGGGGUUAGGGGACAUGCGGAUAUACCUCACCCAAGAGACACAUAGAAGAGAUCUCGGCGGACCAGAGAUCUAUGCCCAUCUUGUGGAGGAUCCGGCACGGAAGAGCAUGCCAGCGUGGAAGAUUGAAGGAUUGCAAGCUGGAAUGGUUACUUUCGGAUUGAGAGACAUGCUGAACAAAUUAAAUGAGCGCCCGAUAUACAAAAAGACAAUCUCCGCUGCACCAUUUGUGCAAUGUCUACAGGAUGCUUUUAAGCAGAAGAUCAGUCGACAGCAGCAAGAUGCGCAGGAGUUCCUCCAAGUCCUAGCGGAAAGGUUGUGUGACGAGUAUCAUGCGGGCUACCGGGCCAGAGAUUUUGCACAUAAGACGCAGGGCUUGAUCAGUGAGAAUGGUUCCGUUGCCGAAGAACCUCUAGCUCGUAAACUGAGCCAGCUUGCUACAGCAAAUGGAGAGAGCCUACCCACAAAUCCUCCUGCUCCAGAGGACGAAUCGCUGGAGCAAGUUCAAGAUCGAAAGACUGCGGCCUCCUUCACAAAAACAAAUGGGGACCCAAAUACACAAAGUGAAGAGGAUGGCUUCCCCUUCGAAGGUAGCUCGGAGUCACAGAUCGAAUGCUCGACGUGCGGUUUCAAGCCGAAGGCUACGAGAACCACGUUCUGUUCAUUAACCUUGAGUGUUCCUCAAGUGAGUUCCACCACACUGAGUUCUUGCUUCGACCAAAUGUUCAAGACCGAAUACAUCGAAGACUUCAAGUGCGAGAAAUGCCGACUCCUCCAUGCCUUAGAAAUGUAUGAAGAGGAAUACUCGAAAUCAAAUUCAGACAAAUUCAGGACAAAGACAAAGCAAUAUAUCGACAAGAUCAGAACAGCAAUAGAUUCAAAUCCGGAAGAUGAGCUCAAAGAUGUGGAAAUGCCGGACAGAAAAUUUGCUCCCAAGCGCAAGAUUGCAAAGCAUGUCAGGAUCACAGAAUUUCCCAAAAUCAUGGCCAUACAUCUAUCACGAUCAAUAUUCGAUGCCAGUAGAUCAACCAUGAAGAACUCGGCGAAAGUAUCAUUUCCAGAGCGUCUACCUUUAGGCGGACUUGCUGAUCGAAAAUUCUACAAGUUGUCCAGUGUUGUCUGUCACAAAGGAAGUCAUCAUUCGGGCCACUAUGAAACAUUUAGACGGCAAUCUAUCUUGACGCCUUAUUCAAAUCCAAACACUUUCAGGGCAGCUGCAGUAUACAGCAAAUCAGCAAGCCCAAUGACUUCCGAGAUCUCUACACCCUACAUAGGUAUCUCACACCGAGGUGAUGAUACGAACGGAGACGUCAGUACUCUCUCAUCAAUGCCAGAAGUACUAUCACCAUCCUCUGCCGCAUCAUCAUCACCCUCCCUGCCAUACACCAACGGGUAUCGAAUAUCAGGAGAAUCAUCACGCAACGGCUCGGGCCGACAUCUCUCCUUUGCAACAUCCACCUCAGGAUCAUCUCACACCACUACCCGGCAACUCGGUCCUACUUCCGCGCCUCGGGACCCCGAUCCAUCGUCAAGAGAUCCAGAAACUGGCAGCAUACGCUCAAUUGCUAGAUCUGCAAAGUCGACUUUAUCAUCCAGACUUUCUCGCUCAAAAACAUCAUCUCCAUCCCCAUCGGACUCCACUCCCUCGGCCGCACCGACUUUAAAUAAAAAAGUGGAAAUGAAUGGGGCCUCGACAAGGACAAGCAUGGCUGAUGUUGUACGACCCAAGAGGAAGAGGAAGACGACAGACAGGUGGUGGAGAAUAAGCGAUGACAAAAUCAAGGAAAGUAAAACCAGUGAUGUGUUAGGGAUGCAAAGGGAAGUGUACUUGUUAUUCUACGAACUCGAGAAGGACGAUUCGGAAAGUCCAAACUCGGCUUAGAUUUCUAUCCCAUCGAUGAUUUGGAAGAUAAAAUGAUGAUGGAUUUGCAUGGUUUGGCCGGUUGCAUAUACAUGAGCAUGGGGGCAUCUGAAAAUCAUAUUGCGACUGCUAUUUACAUUCAGUCGUGCCAUUCUACGGCAUUUCGUGUCAUUGACACGGUCAGAUUUCCCAUCUUGAAUUAGAGAAGUGCAUAGCCACUUUGUUGAUCGUUGCAUAGAUGACAAAUUCGAAAGACUUUUUAUCUGCUCC